AUGGAUACGCGCAUGGAGCUGACACCAUUAAACGUUACACGUGCCCUUUGGGAGUUGGCCUUAACGACCACGGCAAGCACCGCCGGUACAUUUCUGCUUGAUGGCAACAAUGGCAGCACCAGCAAUGGGAGUGACAACAAUGGUGGUGCCAACCAGAGCAUUGAUGGCUCCGCCACAGAGACACCAUACGUGCCGUAUGGGCGACGACCAGAGACCUACAUUGUGCCGUUCCUGUUCGCUCUGAUCUUUGUGGUGGGCAUCCUUGGGAAUGGCACAUUGAUUGUCGUCUUCCUUAGUGUACGUCAGAUGCGAAAUGUGCCAAACACCUACAUAUUAUCGCUCGCUAUAGCCGACAUACUCGUCAUACUGACCACUGUGCCACUCGUCUCUACUGUCUAUACGGUGGACUCUUGGCCCUGGGGUAGUUUUCUUUGCAGCCUUUCGGAGUUUAUGAAAGAUGUGUCCAUAGGGGUGUCGGUGUUUACUUUGACGGCGCUGUCGGGUGAUCGUUACUUUGCCAUUGUGGAUCCAUUGCGCAAAUUUCACGCACAUGGGGGCGGUAAACGAGCCACACGCCAGACGCUUGCCAUUGCAUUGUCUAUAUGGUUGCUGGCCAUUGUUUGUGGACUGCCAGCGUUGAUUGGCAGCAAUGUAAAGGAAUUGCACAUUAACAGUAACAAAUCGUUUGAGAUGUGUUAUCCAUAUCCAGCGGCAUGGGGUUUCCAUUAUGCCAAAACAAUGGUGUUAAUGCACUUUCUGGUCUACUAUGCCAUUCCAUUGGUAAUAAUAGCUGCUUUUUAUGUCCUGAUUGCCUUGCAUUUGAUGUACUCAGCGAAUGUUCCCGGAGAGAUGCAGGGCGCGGUAAGACAGGUUCGUGCCCGUCGGAAAGUAGCUAUGACUGUGCUGGCGUUCGUUGUCAUCUUUGGUAUUUGUUUUCUACCAUAUCACGUCUUCUUUCUCUGGUUCUACUACUGGCCCACAGCUCAGGAUGAUUAUAAUUUGUUUUGGCAUGUGCUACGCAUUCUGGGUUUCUGUUUGUCCUUUGCCAACAGCUGCGCAAAUCCUGUGGCAUUGUACUUUGUGAGCGGCGCAUUCCGCAAGCAUUUCAAUAGAUAUCUUUUUUGUCGGGGCGUGAAUGGUCGUCGCAAGAAACGCAACGACACCUUCUGCAUGCAUCGAGACACCUCCCUGACCAGUACCGCAUCGAAACGUUAUCAGUCGCGUCACUCCUGCUACCAGAGCACAAUGCGAAGCUGUCGCCUGCAAGAAACGACAACCAUCACAGUCCUCCCAAACGGCAGUCAGAGCCACAAUGGUCAGCACAUGGCUGGAAUGGCGGGGAUGUCAAUGUUGGCUCAUAAUGAGAACGGCUAUGAAUUUGCGCUUAUGAACGAGUUCGGGGCCAAGCCGCAAUCCCUGUCGCUGCCGCCACAAAGGCAGCAGGAGUCGCUGAUGAAUUGA